AUGCACGGUACACCGGUUGCGUGGGGUAGACCGGAAAACCAAGAUUGGAGAUUUUGCAAGACAGCGUUGACACCAAUGACUGGAGAACGGCGUACGCGAGGGCGGCUUGAGCCAGAGAAUUGGUUGGCCCGGGACACAGAUAAGGCCAGAAAACAGCCCCUCCUAGCUGCCGUCAACAUGCGUCUCCUUCCUGAACUGCACCCUCUGGAUUCCCCUGGGGGGGACAACGACGCCGAUCUUCAGGAGCUUAUCAACAAGUACCGCCGACCUGAGAACACCGCCGACACUGAGGUGCGCAGGAGCCCCCGUACCCCCCGAAAAAGUUUCGGCGAUGAUGCUAAAGGGCGGGGGAUACACGUUCUGAUCGAGGAGCUCUCCAGGGGGCUCUGUGAUUCGUCAGGAGGGGAGAAACUCGCCAGCAAACGGACCCCUGGGAGGAACGUUCGUAAGAAGCCUCCCCCUCGGGGAGAAAGCGAUGGUGAGGAUAGUGAUGAGGAACGGCCUCUGGAGAAUGGAGCGGCACUGCUUUUGGAACUUGCAGGGGGGUUAGCGAGUCCCCCCCCUGGGGAGGGGCGCCCCAUGCGCCGGCGGCAGCAGGUGCAACGGUAUGAGCCUGAUGACGCCCCCGUUUCGCAACGGGGGGGCAAUGUUCGGCUUCCAAAGGGCAGCGAGGAGAGGGAGGGGGGAGAGGAAGAAACGAUUCCGGACGAGCGGCGGUGCGUUAUCAAGGGGGGAACCGGGUGGCGCUGCCCCUUAGAAGCUAUGGAGGGCCUCAAGCACUGCGAGAAGCACCUCGUGAGGAUGCGGGAGCGGCGGCGAGGGCCCCGGGGGGGUGCGUCCGAGAAAGCGUCCGGGGACUCUCUCGGAAAAGCGUCCGAUGGCUCUGAGGGGAACGAAAAUGCAUCUGGGGGGGAAGAAGUGAACGGUGGAGGGGCGGUCAGAGGCUCCCCGAGACGGCGGCGGAGUGUGAGCUUCGCAAAAGGGGGGGUGGACGACGAACCGGAGCAUGCUGCUGAGUCGCCAACGUCUGAUGGGGGGCUCAACGUUGAGGGGGGGGAAGAGGGACAGCGGGCCCGGAGGCAGCCGCAGGCGAAGAAGGAAUGGAAGGAAGAAGAAGACGCGGUACGGGUGCGGGGGGCGGUGCGGUCAGCAAGGCCGAGAAGGAGGCGGGCGGUGGGGAAGUGCUGGGGGGAGAGUGACCUUGAUGGGGAGAGAAAGGAAGCGGAGAGUGGGGAGCAAGGGAAAGCGGGAGGGGAAGAAUCUGAGGAGAAGGAGGCGGCGGGCUUAGAUGUGCUGUCAAAGGAGAUGCUGACGUUGGAAGCGGAGAGUGGCCAGGGGAAGGGGGAAGCCGAAGUGAAGCCGGGAGAAGGGGGAGUUGCGAGUCUGAGGUUGGUCGAGAAUGAGACAAAGGAUGCUGAGAUGAAGGGGGAGGAUAGAGCGGGGUGUGCCGGUCAAACCUUACCGGAUAAGGAGGGGGGAAAGAGUGGCCUGGAGAGUGAAGAACCAGACCGGAAAGAGGCCCAAGAAGAAGCAGUGCUGAAAGGAAACGGGGAGGCGGGGUCAAACGAGGCUGUGGAGGGGGGCUUCACUACAAUAAUGGAAGAGGAGGGCGCUGAUGGAGGGGGAACAGGGUGCCCCCCCCGGGUAAUCUUAGAUACAGACGUAGUACAGGUUGCAGCGGUUGCAGGGGGCGAGAAAACGAAGAAGGAGCGGAAGCCAAGGGCGCCUGGCGAAGGGGCCAGAAAGGCGAAAAGCUCUCCCGGAACGCUACCAGUGGGGGUGGUUUUAAGUCCUGGGACUGUCAUGGAGGCUAAGAAGGUUAGGCGGAAGUCAAAUAAGGGUGGCGCCCUGGGGGCAGGCUGCCAGGUGGCAGCGCAGGAUUUGCCGGGGCUCUCGAAGGGGGUGAAGCUCCCAAAAGUGGUGUCGGAAAGCGACAGCGACCAGGAGCCAAUUGGGAAGAGGCUGUCGGGGGAGGUUCCUUGGGGGAAGGUCACCGCCAAACCCAGCAAGGUCAUCCGGCCAAUUAUCCUGGAAGCCAGCUUACCGGUUAAGGGGGAGGUUAGGGACGGGGCAGAGAGCCUGAGGCCGCAGGUUGCGACGGAGGAGGAAGGGGGAGCAAGCGUGCCUGACCGCAGUGGAGGGGCGAAGAAGAAGAGGAAACGGAAGGAGGAUACUGAAGAUCCCGAGCGUUGCCGCGAAAGGCGGGCGGCGCGCAAGCGCCUCAAGAGCGAGCAAAUGUCUGAGGUCCUCAAUUUAAUGGCGUCCCUGAUGGCGCACCAGAACUUUCCGGGGGGUACGCUGGAAGCCCUAACCUCGGGCGAGCCCCUGCCCUCCAUUCCGAUCAGCAUGGAGGACGCGGGGAGCGCGUCUGACGAAGAGCCGAUUGCCCUGCGUUUGAAACCUGGAAAAGGGGGGGUGCUUUCCAAGGGCAAGUUCCGGCCCCCCAGCGACGACGAGGGCAAGUCGGAAGCGGACGCGAUCUGUCAAAAGCCGAAGAAAGAGGUGCGGAAGCGGGAAAACGUGGCUGGGGCGGGGAGGAAACGGCCGAAACUGGAGACGCAAGAACUGAGUGUUGGGCUGGAGCCGUCCUCCGGCGAGGGGUUGCUCGAGACGAAAAGGUCGGACGCGUCGGGAUCGAUGGAGUCGGAUCCGGGAAAAGCACACCCGACGAAGCGGAAAAGGGACGUGCUCCAGGAAACCCUGGCCAAGUUUUCCAUGCCCGAGCGCAUCUCCAUCACCGACGCCGCGGCCAACGGGCAGCCUGCGCUGCCGAUCUUUGCCGGACUCACCGGCCGCAACGCGGGGCUCAAGCUGAACCCCCACGGGCGGGGCAUCCGCGUCUCUCCCCUCCUGAUGCCCCGGGUCGUCGCGGAACGGUCGUCGCCGUUCGGCCCCCUCUCGGGACCGAUCACCGCAGAGCUCACGGCCUGCGGGAGCAUUCACAUCGACGGCGCCCCGGGGGGUAUUCACAUCGACGGGCCGCAGGGGGGGAUACACAUCGAGGGCCCCCCCGGGGGGGGUGUCUCGGAAAGCGCCCUUCCCGACAUCCAGCCGAGCAACCCCGCCGAAGUGGUAGCGGUGACAUGCCCUCCAUGCGCGGACAUAGUGCCGGGGCCUGGCCCCCCUCCCGUGAUUGGCAUUCCACUUGCGGCACCUGCGGUGGCCCUUCCGGCUCAGCUCCCGCAGCCCGUGAACAUCCCUCUCGCAAAUGGGGGGGUCGUUCUGCCUUCCCGAGAACGCGCGCCCAGCAUGGACCCUCCGAUGGCCCACACUUCGGGAGAGUGGGAAUACGGAGCUCUCGGCUCGACGCCCGUCCCCGUUUCGGGGGGGUGGGUGUACCCCCAACUGGGCUCGGGGGUGUACGACUUCGCAGGGCAACUGCUGGACGCACCGCUGCCCCCCCCCAUCAAGCCGCCGAAGCGCCUCGAGCUCAUCAACAAGCACCGGAAAAUGGUGGAACCUAAAAAGGGGGGUUCGAAGAAGGGGGGAUCGCGCCCCCGGGGGCCGAAGCCGCGGCCUGUGGAACAUCCAACGGUGGGGGAAAUGGCGGAUACGGUCAUGAGGCUCGCCGCUAACUCCAGAAUGGGCGUUAACGGCUCCUUGGCUGCGCAAAGGGACUUGGGUAAUGGGUGGGCGAUGCACGCGCCGUCCCAGGGGGUCACUUUCCCUGCCUCGCCCCCCCCCCCUAAUGGGAUGAAGACGUUCUUGGGUUUGUCGCCGGGUUACGAGGGGAACCCGGGUCAGGCAAGGGGCGUUGCGGUAGUUUCUAACGGGUUAAGCCAACCAGCCCAGGUUAACAAAGUGGGUCAUGGGGCCGAGUUGAGGGGAAAUCAGUGGGGAGAAGGGAAUGGGUUUGAGAGUGCCGGGCCGUCGGGAACCGGAGGCGCGGACUUUGAAUCGAUUGCGGGGCUUAUAGGAGUGUACGAUCUUGGUAGUGGGACGGAGCCGAUGCAGGGGGAGAGACUUAACGGGGCAGAGGGAGGGGGAGACGCAAGCGCCGCGUUUCUGGCAGAUCUCAUUGAGAGCGCUUCGGGCGCCAGACCGUACGACGACCCCCUGACCAUCGACGCCCUCCGGUCUUGGGAGCAGAGCCUAAAACAGGACAGCCAGUCGAACCCCCCCCCUCAAGAGCCGCCGCGGUCCUUCCAACAGUCAGAGUCGGUGUCGGAGUUUCUGAAGGAAGCAGAGGCGAUGGUGAAUCAGUACCGAGCAGACGGGUCGGCUGGGGUACCGACUGGGGCGCACGGCGCAGACGCGGAGACUGGGCGGCAGACGAACGGAAAGCCGGCGGAGUUCGGGCGGAACGACGGGAUGCGCUCGUGGGAUCAGGGCUUUCCGGGGGUUGCUCUGAGUUCCGGUCAAGCGGGGUUGCCGGCCGAGAGGGCAGACGGUACGAAGCACGGGGUUGCGAGACCGGUGUACGGGUCGCUGAAGGGAACGGACGCGUUAGCGAAUGGCACGAGAAAGACUUCGGCAGAAAGUCGGAGUAGAAGGGGGGAGGCCGGCGGCACGAGGGGGGGGCUUGCGGAGCCCUCACAGCACCCCCGCGGGGAUGGCGGACACAGUGGGCCUCCAGGGGGGAACGACAAGACGGGCACGUUUAAGUUGUUCGGCACCGAGUUGAGCAGCGGGGUGCGGAUGGGACCGGUUCCGUCUGCGACGGCACCGGGGAUUGCAAGGCCCAUUCGAAUGCCGGGGGAUAGGUGGGGCGGGCAGGCUCAGGGAAGGGGCCUUGUCAACGAUCUCCGGCACCAAGGGUGGCCAUCGAACGGGCCAUACGCUAUCCCCCCAAUGAGACCGGUUCCUCCGUCUUUCCUUGGGCCGCAACAGCAGAUUAGGCAAGAUAGUGUUCCGAACGGGUUUCACGGGCUUCCCAUGCUUUGGAACGGCCUUCCGAUGCGGCCCGCCGGGGGCGAGCCGGCUCAGGCUAUAGGGCGGAAGAACGGUUUAGAGCCAGAUACUAAUAUCAGAGCGCUUCCAAAGAGAUCAUUGAAUUGGUGGGAGCAGGAUCAAGCAGCGUUGAUGGGGGUUACGCCGGUCUAGUUGUAAGCUUUCAGAGGUUGUACACUAUGUUUAGGCCAUUUGCCGGCGCGCUGGGUGUGGACUGUGCGACUCUCGAUUGAUUCUGGUGGCAUGUGUAUGUUAAGCAGAUUUUAGCGGCAAAAAUUCAAAUGAUACAGGUUUUGCCACAUAUGCAAGGUACGAGGCAUGGAAACCAAGCCAGUUCUAGAAAAUAGAGCAUCGAACUUGGCCAAGCCUGUUGGGCAGCAAUUGUGUCUAGACAAGGAGACACAGAAGUAUAGGCCAGCAAACCUACCGUCCGAAAUCCGACACAAGUCGGGUGACUUUCAAUUGACAUUGCUUGUGUCGCUCCAUUGCAUGGGGCCACUCAAUAUUACGUACACAAGUCUUGAG